CCUCACUUCUCCUCCUCUUUCUUCUCCCCACCCCUCAGCACCACAGAGGCAAGCUCUCACACAGCUAAUCUAAAUACCAUAAGAGCCAAAGUCUGCAGCUCUUGACUCUGACUCCAGGUCAGCUGCAGAAACCUGGAGAAAGUCGAGUUUUAGACCUGAGACGUUUUUGCAGGUUGGGGAGUCACCAUGGUCCACAGCAUGGACAUGGAGAAGCCACACAAGCGUUACUGCAUCCGCGGAAAGCAUGCAGUCAUCAUCUGCGUGACGGUGGUGGUGUGCUCUUUGGCAGUGGGCCUCGGGGUGGGCCUUUCCAAAUCAGGCACCACCACUACAACCCCUCCUACACCUUCCACACCAGCCCCCACAGCAGGGCCUAGCGAGCCGCCUCCGCCGCUCAGAGGGCCCUGUGAGCCUUCCACUGACUCCAGUGGAGACUGGAAGAAUUUCCGUCUACCCAGCUACGUGAACCCGGUCCACUAUGACCUGCACCUGGAGCCACUUGUGUUGAUCACCAGGAAGAUUGCUGCGACCGAUCAUGAGCCAACUGAUGCUCGCAAGUCAUUUCCCUGCUUCGAUGAACCCAACAAGAAGGCCACCUACACAAUCUCCAUAACUCAUGAUGCUAACUACGGAGCUCUGUCCAACAUGCCUGCUGAGGGCGCCCCUGAAGAACUGCCCAGCAAUAAAAAGAAGACCUCCUUCAAGAAGUCCAUUCCAAUGAGUACCUAUUUGGUAUGUUUUGCUGUGCACCAGUUCGGCCAUGUGGAAAGAACUUCAGCCAGAGGAAUUCCUUUGAGAAUCUACGCCCAGCCAACUCAGUUGGGAACUGCUGAAUAUGCAGCCAACACAACCAAGAUCAUCUUUGACUACUUUGAGGAAUAUUUCAACAUGUCAUACUCCAUCGAAAAACUGGAUAAGAUAGCCAUACCUGACUUUGGUACUGGUGCCAUGGAGAACUGGGGCCUCAUCACCUACCGGGAAACCAACCUGCUGUAUGAUGAGAACCAGUCGUCUUCCUACAACAAGCAGCGAGUGGCCAGUGUCAUUGCCCAUGAGCUGGUCCACCAGUGGUUUGGAAACAUUGUGACCAUGGACUGGUGGGAUGACCUCUGGCUUAACGAAGGCUUUGCCAGUUUCUUUGAGUACAUCGGUGUGGAGAAAGCUGAGCCUAGCUGGGGCAUGCGAGACAUCAUGAUCAUCAGUGACGUGCUUCCUGUCAUGGUGGACGACGCCCUCCUCUCCUCUCACCCGAUCAUCGUGAACGUGUCGACCCCGGCAGAGAUCACCUCUGUGUUUGAUGCCAUCUCAUACAACAAGGGAGCGUCCAUUCUCCGGAUGCUGGAGGGUUGGAUGGGUAAAGACACGUUCAGAGACGGCUGUCGAAAAUAUUUGAAAGACUACUACUUCAAUAACGCCAAAACAGCCAACUUCUGGGCAUCUCUCGCCGAAGUGAGUGGGUUGCCAGUUGCGGACGUAAUGGACACAUGGACCAAACAAAUGGGUUAUCCCGUGCUGGACCUGUCUGUCUCAGACACGAAUGCCAAACUGAGCCAAAAACGCUUCCUCCUGGAUCCCAAAGCUGACGCCAGCCAGCCUCCUUCGCCUCUUGGGUACAAAUGGACCAUUCCAGUCGAGUGGCACUCUGUGAAAAGCAACAAAAACAUGUUGAUGAUAUUUGACAAGAGCAAAGCAGAGCUCGUCGUCAGUAACUACUCGGCCCCGGUGGACGGGCUGCUGAAGGUCAACAACGAUCACAUCGGGUUCUACAGAGUCAACCACGACGAGCGCAUGUGGAACGACAUCAGUCAACAGCUUCAAAACAACCACAUGGAGUUUGAUGCAGCUGACCGCACAAGCUACAUCGAUGAUGUUUUUGCUCUCGCAAGGGCGGAUGUUAUAGAUUAUGGUAACGCCUUCAAUCUUACCAAGUACCUGAAAAAUGAGACUGAAUACAUAGUCUGGGAACGCGUGGCCUCCUCUAUCGCGUAUGUUCGGGACAUGCUCUCAGGAAAUGAGGCGCUCUACCCAAAGUUUCAGAGACUGUUUCGUGAGCACGUAAAAGCAAUCACAACCCAACUUGGAUGGAAAGAUGAAGGCACACAGACACAGAGGUUACUGAGGGAGACUGUGCUCAGCAUCUCUUGUCAGAUGGGAGAUCAGGAGGCUUUGGACGAAGCCUCUCGCAUUUUUGACCAGUGGAUUAAUGGAAGUCUCAGCAGUGUGGCGGUGAACCUGAGGCUGCUGGUCUAUCGAUACGGCAUGAAGAACUCAGGCACCGAAGAAAAGUGGAACAUAAUGUUCCAGAAGUACAAAGAUACUUCUUUGGCCCAAGAGAAGGACAAGCUGCUGUCUGGACUGGCGUCGGUGGAGAACGUUCAACUUCUAUACAAGCUCCUGGAGGCUACUAAAGACGAGACUGUAGUGAGGAGUCAGGAUCUGUUCACGGUGGUGCGAUACGUUUCCACCAACCCACUGGGGCAAGAGAUGGCCUGGGACUGGACCACACUCAACUGGGACUUUCUGGUCAACAGGUACACCAUCAACGACAGGAACCUGGGUCGCCUACUGGGUCGAAUCAGCACCACCUACAACACAGAGCUCCAGCUGUGGAAGAUGGAGCAUUUCUUCAGUCUAACACCAGAUGCCGGUGCUGGGCAGAUGCCUCGGCAGCAGGCGCUGGAGACCGUGAGGAACAACAUCGAAUGGAUCCGGACGAAUCAAAACGAGAUCAGAACGUGGCUGGAGAACAACUUCGCCUGAAACGGCACCAGCGUAAAACACUGCAGGGAUCCAGGAAUGCUGAACUGGUACACAACCAGAGCAUCCACAGUCCCCUGUUGAUACGUGUCAUCACUGGCGGUCAGAAACCUGGUAUCUCCAUACAUUAUUUUAUGUUGUACAUGAAUGCUCUGGAUCACCCUUUACGUCUGUUUUUGGGUUUAAUACAUAUUUAAACAGUGACGAGGCAAUUCCCGCUGAGAGUUUUGGACAUACAAGGUUUUCACGCGACAGCGAUGAUAUUUCCUUUCAGGGUGAGGUGAGCAACAAUGCAAGUGUAGAAGUCUUUCUUUGCUGGAGACGAAGAGUUGAAUGAAUAAAUAUUUACUAAAAUGACUUUGUGUGCAUCA